CAGACUUCUAUAAGGAGCCCUUCCUUUCAGAGGCCCAUCCAGUCACCUACACCACAUGAGACAAGGCAAUGAUACCCCAAUUUCAGAAUUUCUUCUCCUGGGACUUUCAGAGGAACCAGCACUGCAGCCCCUCAUAUUUGGGCUUUUCCUCUCCAUGUACCUGGUCACUGUGUUGGGAAACCUGCUCAUCAUCCUGGCCGUCAGCUCAGACUCCCACCUCCACACACCCAUGUACUUCUUCCUCUCCAACCUGUCCUUGGUAGACAUCUGUUUCACCUCCACCACCGUCCCAAAGCUGUUGGUGAACAUCCUGACACAGAGAAAAAUCAUAACCUAUAAAGGUUGCAUCACACAGAUUUAUUUUUUCAUACUAUUUGGAAUGUUGGAUAACAUCCUCUUGACAAUCAUGGCCUAUGACCGCUUUGUAGCCAUCUGUCACCCCCUACACUACAUGGUCAUCAUGAACCCCCGGCUCUGUGGACUGCUGGUUCUGGUGUCCUGGAUCAUAAGUGGCCUGAAUUCCUUGUUACAAAGCAUAAUGGUAUCGCAGCUGUCCUUCUGUACAGACUUUGAAAUCACCCACUUUUUUUGUGAAAUCAAACAGGUUGUCCAACUUGCCUGUUCUGACACCUUUCUUAAUAACAUGGAGAUGUAUUUUGUAACUGCACUACUGGGUGCUGGUCCCCUCACUGGUAUCCUUUACUCUUACUCUAAGAUAGUGUCCUCCAUUUGUAGAAUCCCAUCAGCUCAGGGGAAGUAUAAGGCAUUUUCUACGUGUGCAUCUCACCUCUCAGUUGUCUCCUUAUUUUAUGGUUCAGUCCUAGGAGUGUAUCUCAGCUCUGCUGCUACCCAAAGCUCACACUCAAGUGCAGCAGCCUCAGUGAUGUACACCGUGGUCACACCCAUGCUGAACCCCUUCAUCUACAGUCUGAGAAACAAAGACAUAAAGAGGGCCCUGAAAAGAUUCUAUGGGAUGGCAGGUACAAAAGGGACAAUCAUCCUGAGGUAG